CUAGAAAUUUAACUUUACCUUUAAUCUCCUGAAGGAAAAAACGUUUAAACUACUGAAUCACAUCAUUAACCAUGACAGUUCCUCACCACCUCCUCCUCCUAACAGAUUCUUAAUGGAUGAUUUGUUAUCAAGCUUGAGUGGGGUGGCAGUAACAGCUCACCCCAACAACCCUCAUGCUGAACACCCACGUUUUGCUUUAUAUAAGGCUAAGAGCAGUGGCUCUUCUCAGCAUGAACGUAGGAGAAAAAUACUGGAGGCAAGGAGGGAGGCCCGAUAUGACCUGAUAAUGCAUUUACGCUGUAUUGAGGAGGAAAAUGCUGAAUCAUCUGAAUUCUCUGAUGAUAACAUGGAAUGUGAGCAGGAACGGCGGUGUUACUUUCGACCAAAGAAAUAUCAUAACUUCCUUAUGUUAAGUGAAUGGUUGGUGGAUGUUCCAGAAGAUUUUGCUUCAUCUUACUUCGCUCUGCCAUGCCCAGUUGGGAAACGAAGUCUAGUUGUCUCUGCCAGGGGUAGAACUCGAGCUUAUGCUAAGUCUGGUGUGAAGGUGACCCAGUUCCCGUCACUGCUGCCUGGUGGGAACCGACACACCUAUAAUAAAGGUUAUGCUCUGCUUGACUGCAUAUGGUCUGAAACCAACAAAACAUACUAUAUAUUGGAUCUUAUAGUGUGGCUCAACCAGUCCAUCAUGGAGUGUGAGACUAUGUUUAGAUUUGAAUGGUUGAAGUCCCGGAUGUUGGAAGAAAUACCUGAGGCAGCACAAGUGUCGAGACUUAACCCGUACAGAUUUGAACAUGUACCUUACUAUGACUGUUCACCUGAGACCUUAAGAAGUUUAAUACAUGAACCUCUGCCAUUCUCUGUGCCACUUGAUGGGGUUCUGUUUUAUCAUAAAGAAAGUCACUACACUCAUGGCCCUACACCUCUGGUUGGCUGGCUAAAAGCUUACAUGUUCCCAGAGAUUUUAGGGAUACCAGCGCCUGAACAAAUUAUGGCAGAAAGACCUAAAAAGUACAGCACCCUUCCUGCUCAUAUCCAGUAUGCUAAAGAUCGAAGAGAGGAAAGAAUCAAGGAAUACAAUGAUAAGAUGGAAGUUUCAUCUUCUAAAAAUAAAAACACCAAGAAAACCAAAAAUAAAGAAAUGGAAGUUAGUCUGGAGAACCAAAUGGAGUCAUCAGCCACCGAGCUUAUUGAUGGGUGCUGAAGCUCUUUUACCUACAGAGUGCUGAACAGGGCAGCUCAUUCAUGCAGCAUGUGCAUGGGGGUUUACAUUCACUGGAGAAGCCACAGAUGGUGUAAUGACUGUUUAUCAGACCACAGCCCAGAGAAAUACAACACAUAUAUCAGCAAGUAGAUACCCACAUGGUAACCCACGAAGAUUGACACACCCAAGGAGAAGUCACGGACAAGGUACCUGAGUUAACCCGCCGAAAUGACCGUGAUAUUCAAGAAACUACACCUGGGCAAAGACAGCUGUCCAGACCUGACCCAAGGAGAGGUCACGGUCUCAAUGAACCAGAAUUCUCACUGCCACGCAGUUAGCUUAACCCGGCGAAAUGACCGUGUUACUCAAGAAGCUACCCCUCAGCCAGUGCACCUGUCACCUGAUCACACAUCCAGAUUAGUGACGACAUCUUCCUGCUGGAGAUCUCCAAUAUAAGGGCCCUGCAGCUCCCUCCUUGAGAGUAUUAGCAUUCAAAUCAUCAAUGUAACAGGGAAUGGGCCAAUAGCUCCUCCCCAGAGGGAGACUUCCGUCCCCAUCACCGAGCCCCAGUUAGCAGUCUCCUACAGGACAGUCCAGCACUCUCUCUAACAGCACCUGCUGAGCCUCCCUUAGGUCAUAUGUGAGUCAUUGUUAGAGCAAUCCAUAGGGUGAGUUACUUACGGUGGGAAGAAUAUCCAUUUCAUGUUUGUGUCCGAGAAUCAGUGUCUAGUAUCAUAAAUAUAAUGUUCUAUUAAUGUGUCUGUGUCAUUGAGUGAAUAAUAAAUAGCUGGACUUAGAGUUGGCAUUUGUUUAGAGGCUUUCACCCUAAUAUAUAUUUAUUAAUUUACCUGUGUUACAAUGGCAAUCUCCAGUAACUUCCUCGAAAUGGUAGGUAUUGUGAUAUAAACCGGUACUGGUGUAAUAAACAGGAACACCCACACAGACCAGCACCCAUACACCCAUGUGAAUGACUGUUACAAUGUUUAUGGCACUUGUCAGACCAGAUGGACACAAUUAGUUACAGCCUCAAAGAAUAACAUAUAAACCUAUAUGGGGUGCCAUAGCCCCGCCCAUACAGUGUGCCAAUCAGGGAAACAACAUGAGGACCCUUGGAAAAAAACCUACUCUGAUUGGAGACUGAAAAAGGCCUCGACAACAGGAUAGGAGUAAGAAAAAGACUGACAGUUUGGCUGUUGAAGUGUGGGUGCGAGGUUCCUUUGUGUGGCUCGGCGACCGUCGAUACUGAAGGAUCGGUGAUGUGUACCUAAUGUUUUCUCUUCAGUUUUGCGGGUGUAUAGUGAGCUCCAUUUUCCUCCACAGUGUCUAGUUAGAAAUAGGAUGAACGCGGGUGCCCUCAUGUCACAUGCUUGCUGAAUAAA